AUGGCGCAAAAGAAAUUGAAAUGGCUUUUGGAGGAGCUCAGCGGAUUCGAAGACCCAAAAAUUAGUCUAGAACAGUAUGCGACGUCUCCCGAACUGUCUUGUAAGACUUUCUAAACAGCAAUUGUUCGACUGAAAUAAAAAAAAAGCACUCCUAGUAAAUUAAGAAGUUAAUCGAAACGUCUAGUUAGAUAGGGACGAAAAAUACAAAAGGAAGAGUUGUCAGGUUUAAUUUUUAAAAGAACUUUGACCAAGCAAGUUCGAAUCUAUUUUAAUUUUGAUCGAAAGUUAAAAGUAAAUGCUUGAAUCCAGGGAAUUUGUGAGGUAUGGACUUUCGACACACAAAUUGUGUUAUCAAUGAUUCAAUUUAUCAUCUGAAUCCUGGAUUCAGUGGCGAUGAUGGACGCGAUCGACGAGCUGACUCCCCUGGACGGCGCCACGGUCGCGGACCUCGGCUGUGGCUGCGGCAUGUUGAUGACGACGGCGGCUUUCGCCUUCUCGCCUUCCUACGUCCUUGGCGUCGAAAUCGACGACGACGCCAUCGCCACCUGCUGCGAGAAUCUAGAACAUGCAGAGGUGCAAGACGUGUGAGCAACUCCAAAUCCUCCAAAAAUUGUGACUGUUGUCUUUUCCAGUUGCGAAGUGGUACAGUUAGACGCGUUGGCGGCGGGAAAAGCGUUCGGGCCAAUAUUUGACGUUGUUGUCAUGAAUCCCCCCUUCGGCACUAAGAACAACGCAGGUAGCUAAUCGGAAAGUGUUUAUUCGAUUGAACAGGUUCUAUCACAGGAAUGGACAUGAAAUUUGUCAAUGCUGGCUUAUCAAUACUGAAACCGGGCGGAAGCGUUUACUCCCUACACAAGACGUCCACAAGAAAUUUCAUUCUUAAGGCAGCUAAAAACAUGGAAAACGUGGAGGUUCCUAUGAAAGUCGCUCCAUUGAUAAUUUUUCUAACACUCUAGGUAGACUGCAUAGCUGAGCUCAGAUGGAAUCUACCGCAGACCUACAAGUUUCACAAAAAGAAAUCUGUGGACGUCGAUGUCGACCUGGUCCGUUUCAAAAAGCUUAAGAUCAAAUAA